GCGACAAUGUCAAAUAAACAAAUAUACCAUCAAGACAGUGAUAGCAGCAGCAGUUUUUCCUCAACAUUAACUGAAUCCACACCUCUUAUCGGACACAAGGAUGUAGACCAUACAACUGUUCGACAAGAACUAAAAUGGUUAUUGACCAACAGUUUGCCUAUUAUCGGAACAUACUUUUUACAAAAUUCAUUCCAAUUAGCUUCUAUAUUUACUCUGGGUCAUUUGGGUCAAGUAGAAUUAGGUGCUUCUGCUUUGGCAUCCAUGUUUGUUAAUGUAUCUGCAUGGUCUAUAUCAUAUGGCAUCACUUCAGCACUUGAUACACUAUGUUCUCAAGCAUGGACAGGAUCAAAGGAUAAAACAGUGAUUGGUGUUCAUUUACAAAGAGCUUAUCUUGUAUUGCUUUUAUUGUAUAUACCAAUUGCUUGUGUCUGGUGGAAUGCAACACCUAUUAUGCUAUCAUUUAAUCAAGAACCUGAUGUAGCUAAUUUUGCAGGUCUGUUCUUAAAAUACCUUUUGCCAGGUGCACCUGCCUAUAUGGCGUUUGAGGCCACAAAACGAUACCUGCAAGCACAAGGAAUCAUGCAUGCUUCCACUCUCUCUAUGCUUGUCACUGCUCCCAUCAACCUUGUCUUGAACUACAUGUUUGUUUAUACACUCAAUCUCGGUUUUAUUGGCGCACCACUAGCCACCAGCCUCAGCUACUGGCUCAUGUUUUUGCUUUUGUUGGCCUACAUCAAGCAUGUCAAGGGUAGCGAGGGCUGGAGUGGAUGGUCGCAACAAUGUUUGACAGGAUGGUGGCCAUUUCUUAAAUUAGCUAGUAGUGGUAUUGUGAUCAUAUGUGCUGAAUGGGCUGCUUUUGAAAUGUCUUCAUUAGCCGCCAGUUAUUUGGGCACUACAGAUUUGGCAGCACAAAGCAUUCUGUUGACACUAAGUUCAGCAACGUACACUGUGCCUAUGGGCAUUGCAGUGGCAGCAACAAACCGAGUGGGCAAUUGUUUAGGUGGCGGAUUUGCGUAUAGAGCACGCACGGCAUCUAAGAGUGCUAUUUUGUUUUCAAUCUUGUUUGCUCUUGUGAACUCGGCCUUCUUUUUGCUGACACGCCAUCAGAUUGGGUACUUGUUUACUUCUGAACCCAAAGUGGUCAUCAUGGUAGCUCAUGUAUUACCUUUGUGUGCGAUCUUCCAAGUGACGGAUGGGAUUGCUUCUGUUGGAGGAGGUGUUAUUCGUGGACUGGGUAGACAGAGUGUGGCUGCAAUGAUCAAUUUAAUUGCUUAUUAUGUGAUUGCCUUGCCUAUUGGGUUCUAUUUGACCUUCAGAGCCUUGUGGGCACUCACCGGUCUCUGGACGGGUCUGUCGAUUGCAUUGUUUUUGGUGGCAGCUGGUGAAGUCAUGUUUCUGUACAAGGUGGAUUGGUUCUUAGAAAUGAAAAAAGCUCAACAACGGUGUAUCAACCAUCAUGAAUGAAUGAAUGAAUGAAUGCCUAUGUGUGUGUGUGUGUGUAAUUAUAUCUCUUUUGUACAGUGGUCAAUAGAUGGACCUCAAAGAUGCAAGACUGUAUGCUAUACAUCAUUUUGUAUGCUCUCUGGAUUCACUUUGUUUGUAAUAUAAUAAUAAUAAUAAAAAGGCUUGAUUUUGUUGCCCCCCCCCC